AUGACAAACCAUCAACGCAGAAGUGCAAGAGAAAGACGAAGAAUUCGUGCUAGAGUUGCAGAAAUAAGAAGACUACCAUUAAAUGAGGUUCCAUAUCCAAGAUCAAAUCUAGAAUAUUAUCGAUAUUUAUUAGAAGCUGGCGAUAUAAGCCAACACCAAUAUAAUCAUUUAGUUUUUAGGUAUCAUUACCCCCUAAUACAGCAAUCUAGGGAUUAUAGAAGAUAUAUUCGUCUUGAGCACCCAAUAGAUAAUACUAAUAUAUAUAUAGAUAUGGAUAGUUUUUUAACUAGAAACAUAAAUGGUAUUUUAACUAGAAAC